UCGUGCCGUCAAGAUCGAGCUAAAAAAUAAAAUAAAGAAACAAGCAAAGGGCCAACAGAAAAAGAAAGUAAAUCGAAAAUCGAAAUAAAACAGAACUGAAUGCUUUAUAAUUUUUUUACUGUGCAAAGUGCAGUUCCCUUCUCGUUGAAUAAAAACUAAGAAAUACAAAAUAUUUAUCGGUUCGCGCAAGUGCGGCAAAAGUGCAAGUGCAAGAGACGCUGAAAGAGCGAUUCAAAAACGCAGAGAGUCUAAAUAAAUCAAAAAUAUACGAAAAACAAAACGGGAAAGAAAGUUCCAACCUCAUAAGUCAACAAGAUGACGACCAAAAUGGCAAUCAACGCUAAGGAUAUUUUCCGCAACCAGCACCGCCUGAUCCGCUUCAUCGCCCAGUCGAUCCGUCUGUGCAGCAACCAAUCGCUGAAGGCCGCCCAGGCAGCCCAACUGCAGCAGCAGCAGAAGUCGUCGGCGGACUUCCAGAUCACCGCCUCGGUGGACGCCCAGUACACCAGUGCCCCGGAGCCCAUAAAGCAUGACCAGAAUGUGGGCCACCAGUUCCGGGCCUCCCAGCUGGCCGUUCGCCUGGCCGCCCCGGAGCAACUGCAGCCGAAGCCCGACAACGAUGAGGAACUGGGCUUCGGACGCCUCUUCACCGACCACAUGCUCAAGAUCUACUAUCACAAGAGCCUGGGCGGCUGGCAGCGACCGGAGAUCACGCCGCUGGAGAACCUGGUCAUGCACCCGGCCGCCAAGGUCCUGCACUACGCCGUUGAGCUCUUUGAGGGCAUGAAGGCGUAUCGCGGCGUCGACGGCAAGAUCCGCAUCUUCCGGCCGGACAUGAACAUGAACCGCAUGAACCUGGCCGCCCAGCGAUCCGGUCUGCCCACCUUCGAGGGCAAGGAGUUCGUCCAGUGUCUGUCCCGCCUGCUGUCCAUCGACUCCGAGUGGGUUCCGCACACGGACACCGCCAGCCUGUACAUCCGCCCCACACUGAUCGGCAUUGAUCCCACGCUGGGAGUGGCCUCCUCGGACUCGGCCCUGCUCUACACGAUCCUCAGCCCGGUGGGCAGCUACUUCAAGACGGGCUCCUCCGGCGCCGUCUCCCUCCUGGCCGAUCCCAGCUACGUGCGUGCCUGGCCAGGCGGCGUGGGCAACCGGAAGAUGGGCUCCAACUACGCACCCACCAUCAAUGUCCAGAAGGAGGCGGCGGCCAAGGGACUGCAGCAGGUGCUGUGGCUCUACGGCGAGGAUCACCAGCUCACCGAAGUGGGCACCAUGAACAUCUUCAUGUUCUACGUGAACGAGCAAGGCGAACAAGAACUGGUUACGCCGCCGCUGAGUGGCCUGAUACUGCCCGGCAUCACCCGCGACUCCAUUCUGCGCAUGACCCGCCAGUGGGGCAAGUUCAAGGUGAGCGAGGCGAACAUCACCAUGCCCAUGGUCUGCGAGCUCCUCAACCAGGGAAGGCUGCUGGAGCUCUUUGGAGCGGGAACGGCGUGCGUGGUCAGUCCGGUGAACAGGAUCAACUACCUGGGCCAGGAUCUGUACAUACCCACCAUGGAGCAGGAGAAGCCCAUGCACGAGCUGAUCCGCGAGACGCUCACCGACAUCCAGUACGGUCGGGUGGAUCACCCGUGGUCGGUGGUCAUUGACUAAGGAAUCGAACCCGGUCCAACCUACAUCUGUUAUCCC